AUGUCUGAUAUCUCUCCGUUUGGACAGCGGUGUGCUAGAUGCAAAGAUUUUCUCACUACGAGAGACUAUCUUCGAGAUAACAUAUAUUGCACCAAGUGCAAAAUUGAAAUAGAAGCGGAAGAAUUUAACCAAUUACCAAGAACAAAAAGAAGAUCCUCUCGAAUUCGUGAGCAUAGACUGAAAGCAGCAGAAAUGUUGAUGAAAGAAGAGCUUAUCAACAAGCCUAUAGUCACGAGAAAAGACGAAAAAGAACUAAAGAAUACUCAAAUAGUAGUCGAAUCGAUUGAGGAACAAGCUUGUUUUGUAAAACAACCAGAAGAAGAUUUCAUAAGUGUUAUUGAAACUGAAGUGCUUCCCCAAGAAGAGGACAGAGACAAUAAAAAGUAUGUUCUUAUAAACAAAAGAAAUACUGACAUAUCUGGAACAACGCCUAAAUAUGAAAAGAAACAAUCUAAGAGAAGGUCACUUCAAUGCCAAUAA